ACGACAUUUUGAAUUUUGUUAUUUUGUUGACACUUGUGAUUUCUUGUGUAUUCUUUGUGUCUCUGUCUCAGUCCAAGCUGAACUUACAUCAAGUUUUUCUGAUAAAAGUGAAUAAUUAUAAUGUAAAGUUCACAAUGGAUUAAAUAUCUUCUUUUCAUCCAGACACUAUAAUAGUUUGUUGAGAAGUACAGACAAGUAACUAUGUCGGCCGAAGUUGAUAUUACUUGUAGGUUAUGUGGACUUCCUUGUGAACAAUCUAUCCAUAUUUUUGAUAGACUCGCUUCUGUUAAUAUGUUGCAGUAUAAAAUAAUGCAGUUAUUAGAUAUAGCUGUGGGUAAAAGUGACAAUUUGCCUCAUUCUGUGUGCUUAUCCUGCGUGACCAAACUGGAUAGUUUGUGGUGUUUCAAAAACAUGUGCCAUCAAGUGCAAAUCAAACUCAGGAAGGUGAGAGUCGUUUAUGAACCAGUCUCUUCUGAUUACGAUAGAUUGCAAUCUGAGAUUUUAAAUAGUGACCUUUCGAAUAGUGUAAAUUUGAAAAAUAAAGCACAAAAAUGCAUCUCCUCUACAAGAACUAAUGCUUCAAAUUCGUCAACUUUUGCUGAUUUAUUGAUAAAGGAGGAAGACAUUGAUGUAUAUCAACAUCAAACAGUAUCUAAUAAUAUUGGAAGUGCUUGUGUAUCUGUUGAUGUAGAGGAAGAAGUUCAAAUUGGUGAAAAAACUGCAUUAGAAUGUAACCCAUAUUCGGAGGAUGAUAGUGAUGGAAAUAUUGAAGACAAUUCAAUAUCGAUGGUUAGUGAAGAAAAUGCUUACCGGUAUGUAGAAUGCAGUUUUAACGUGGAUGUUAAUGACUAUUCUAAAGAUACUAAAGAUAAUAUGUGUGAUGAUUCAAGUAGUGUUUUAGAACAACAUGAUACAAACAAUGGGAAUUCAAUUGAAAGUACUUCUUUGGAAGCUACAUCUACCGCAGAAAUAGUGCAGUUCUUUGAAGGCCACUAUUACAGGAUGGAGACAAAUAUCAACUCAGACCUUUUGUGCAAUAGGAUUCCCUAUUUAAUUAAUAAAUCUCAGAUGGGUACCAAACACAUGAUAUACACUAUUUCUUCUGAUGUAUCAAAAUUCGAUAGUGAACAUGAUUAUUUUAUUGAUAAGUUGUAUAUUGAAUUAAAGAUGUUUGAUUUGAAGAAUCCUAAUGCUGGUCGAAUAUUGACUGAAUGGCUGAAUAAUAUUUUGAAUGGCGAAAUAUCAUUAAUGCCCUACUAUUUCGGCUGGCUAGAUAAAAGUAAACUCAAUGUUAGCUUCAAAUGCAUUAUAUGCAAGCAUAUAAUUCUUAAAAACAAGAGAUUUGUAAUGAACCAUCUAGCAGAUCAUCUACUCUGGAUUUGUCCAGUUUGUGGUAAAUUUUGUAGAACUCAAACCAACUUGAAGAAGCAUAUGCUUCAACAUUUGUCGCCUACUUUUGAUUGUUCAACAUGCGGUGAGAAUCUUGGAAGUGAUAUUGAGAAAUACACAGUGCACAAGCGUGGUCAUUAUAAGUUCAGAUGUCCGCCUUGUCAGUUUGAGUGUUGUGAUGAAGAAAAUUGGUUGAAGCACUUGGAAAAGGAUAGGAAAAAUAAUGAACUAUGCUCUCCAGAUUGCAGUUUGUUUUAUGAGAGCAUUGACAAAUUUCGAGAUCACGUCCUGGCGCUUGCAACUCUGGGAGGUUAUGUUUGUAGCGCAUGUGGAAUGGCCUAUCAUUGCGAGGAAUAUUUGAAAUUGCAUUUGAAAGUGCAUGGUUUGGAGCAUGGCAGUAAGACUACUUGUGAAGAAAGUUUAGAAAACAAUGACACCAGCUUUAAAAAUAAACUUGAUAUCUUGAAAAACUCUAGUAGUAAGAAACAUUUUGAUGUGCUGAAAAAAAUACUAGCAAAUGAAAUUGAUCUGAAGGAAUUUCAAACUUCUUCCACAAGGCCAGGUGGCAGAGUUACUACUGCAUUUAUUUGCUUCAAAUGUUGUAGUAGCUUACAAACUGAAAAGAGAUUCAAAAAUCAUAUUGAGAACCACUUAUCGAUGACUUGUUAUGAGUGUAAGAAGUAUAAGCAAGGCAUUAGAAGAUUGAGAAUGCAUUUUAAUUCGUGCUUUUUCAAGAAAAGAAAGUGUGUUAGUUGCAGAAAUGAAAUAUGGCUGAAUACCAGUAAAGAAUACAUUGAUCAUUUAUCUUUGCAUCAGAAAAGGAAGAUUUGCAACUAUUGUCAGGUGUUUAUAGAAGACCCAAAAAAGCUAGAGCGACAUAUUGAAUCACAUAAAGAAACGAAAACUUGGUUCUGUGGCAUUUGCAAUGAAUUACUGGUUGUGGCAUGCAAAUCACUAGACAGUUUUAAACGUAGGCAUAUGGAAGAUAAACAUCCCGAAAAAUUGGAUAGAUGCAUGUGUGAGAUAUGUGGUGUGUAUUUUACAUCAAAAGUGAGUUUAGCUUUGCAUACAAGUAAAAAACAUUCAUUGAGAAAGACUGUUGAUAUGCCCAAUUUUAUCUGUGCUUAUUGCAAUAAGAUUUUGUACAAGAAACAAUCACUUAUUAAUCACAUUCAGACACAUAUGAAUGAGAAAAGAUUCAAAUGCGCGAUUUGCGAAAAAUGUUUCAACCGGUUAUCCUCUUUGGAUAAGCAUCAAAAGGACAUGCAUUCUGUUAAAAAUCAUGCGUGUAAUUUGUGUGACAAACGGUUCACAUAUCCUUCAGCUCUGAAGGAUCACCUGAGGAGGGCUCACACAUUAUGCAGUUUCAGAAUGCCUGGGAUCUCAUCAGACAGCUAACAUGGGGCGUCUGCUGAGAGUCUGUUCCAAAGCUUGGAUCCUGGUCUGGAAUAUUUCUCCUUUUCAGAUUGAACUGUCAGUUAUGAUUUGCUGGCCUGCCCACUGAAAGAGACGACUCACCACUGCAGGACAAAGCGCUUGACUAGUUGUGAACAGGUAGCCUGUUCUUCUAAUGCAUGCCAUUUUUACAUCUAGAUUAGUUUUCUAUGUGAAAUAUUUUCUGUAAUUUUUUAGUUACAUCCCUCAGUAUUUUCCAUGAAUCAAUGAACUGAACAGUAGAGGUUUUACUUCUAUAAUACCCUAUAGACUAGACAACUUGGGUAUGCGAUUAGGUGCCACCCUGACUACUUGACACCUUGACUACUUGACACCCCGACUACUUGCCACCCCGACUAAUUGUUACCCCGACUACUUGCCACCCCGACUACUUGACACCCUGACUACUUGACACCCCGACUACUUGACACCCUGACUACUUGACACCCCGACUAGUUGUCCCCUUUUAAAACCGGUUUUUAGGGGGCAAGUAGACGUGAGCCAUACCCGUCUAUCGUUUCCGUUGUAUCCUUUCUGAGGAGGUGACAACUAGUCAGGGGGACACCCUGUCGUAAGGAUGCGAGGUGUCAAGUUGUCGUUUACGGUCGGGACUAGUUGACACCUCCGGUCCAGUAGGUGUCAAGUAGUCGGGGGGACAACUUGACGGCAGUGGCAUAAUUUUACGAGGGUACAAGUAGUCAUCUACGGUCACGACAACCUAUCCCCUCGACUCCACUCCACAAGAAACCACCAUUCCGGCUUGCUCUUCAUUUGAAAGUUAGAAAAUUAAGCCAAACUAUCAAGUUCUAUAUGAAAAGGCAUUAAGAUUCCUAAUUUUGUAUUUUUAACAUCAUGUCUUUGUGAGUGAGCCUUUUCAACCAUGUUGCAAUCAAGAAUAAGUAUAGAAACAGACUGGAUGUUGAAAGAGCCUCAAAAUAUUUGUCUAGCAUUAGUGACAAGUUAUUUGUAAUCUUGAGUAAUCAAUAAACUUUAAACCGGUUUCAUUUUUAUAUGAAACAUCUUUAAACUUAUAUUAUUAUAUACAUUAUAAA